AUGCUAUCUGAAUUAUCAAAUCGUGUUGAAGAGUUUCGAUGCAUAUGUCAAUAUAAGUUAUGGCACGAUGUACCAACUUUCGCUGAAGACGAAGAGCUUCCUCAUGACAUUCGCCAAUGCUAUAUCUUUUUGGACAAGACAUCUCGAUCCUUUUCAGCAGUCAUCAAGACACUUCCAGAUCAACUGAGAGAAGCUAUAAUGCUGUUUUAUCUGAUCCUUCGAGCAUUGGAUACAGUGGAGGAUGAUAUGACCUUGCCUUUAGACAAGAAAAUUCCUAUAUUAAGGUCAUUCCAUGAGAAAAUUGAACAAAAAGGGUGGAAUUUUCAGGAGUCUGGUCCCAAUGAAAAAGAUAGGGAAGUCUUAGUAAAGUUUGAUAUCGUUAUUUCUGAAUUCCUAAAGCUUGAUGAAGGCUAUCGAAACGUUAUUCGUAAAAGCACCAGAGAAAUGGGUGAGGGAAUGGCUCAUUAUGUGACUUUGUCUGGAAAGAACGAUGGAUUUUCUGUUAGUACGGUACAUGACUAUGAUCAAUACUGUCAUUAUGUAGCUGGAUUGGUGGGUAUUGGAUUGUCACGGUUGUUUGCCGAGUCUCAAUUGGAAGAUCCAGAAUUUGCUCAUGCUGUAACCAUCUCCAACUCUCUUGGUUUGUUCUUACAGAAGACAAAUAUUAUCCGUGAUUAUCGUGAAGACUUUGAUGAUAACAGACACUUUUGGCCCAAAGAAAUCUGGUCAAAGUAUGUCACGAACUUUGGCGAAUUUUGCCAACCGGAAAACUCAGAAAAAGCACUUACUUGUCUUUCUGAAAUGACUGCUAAUGCUUUAACUCAUGCUACGGAUGCUCUCACCUACAUUGCUUCUUUACAGGACCAGAAAAUUUUUAAUUUUGUUGCUAUCCCUCAGGUUAUGGCCAUUGCAACCCUAUCAGUUGUUUUUAGAAACCCUACAGUGUUCCAAACUAACGUUAAGAUCCGCAAAGGUCAAGCAGUUCAGAUUGUACUUCAUUCCGUUAACAUAAAAAAUGUUUGUGAUUUGUUCUUGCGCUACACUCGCCAGAUUCAUUACAAGAAUACGCCUAAGGAUCCCAACUUUUUGAAAAUUUCUAUUCAGUGCGGAAAUAUUGAACAAGCCUGCGAAACAAUCUUCCCUCGUCGUUACCGCGAACUUUACGACAAGGUAUUUUCUGAGAAGCUUUUCCAAGAAAAGAAGGGAAACGUAAAGGAUGAAUCCGCGAAAGUUGCUAUUUCCGAAGAAGUUCGUCAACAGCACAAAAAAGAUAUGACUGAUCUCGGUAUUAGUGUCGGUAUCGUUUUAUUGAUUGUAUUCAGUUGUGUGGGUAUUCUCUUUUACGUUCUUGGCUUAAGCUUUUCAAUUUCAGAUUUGAAGAAUUUAAAAUUGAUGUAA